CAAAUUGCUGCGCGGUUCUUUUCAGAGCGAGUGACCGCCUCCAGCGAGCCCUGACUCCGCCUUCCGCAGGGCUGCGUGCCGCUGAGCGGAGAGAGGCAGCGGCAGUGCGAGCUGCGCCGCGCGUCAGUGAGGGAGGCAGACGGAGUUCCUGCAUAUGCGGCCACCGGCAUCUCACUGAAACACACUGAACAUGGACCUAUUCGAGUUUGACUUCUUCAGGGACUGGGAGCUGGAGCAGCAGUGUCAUUACGACCAGGACCGCUCGGCACUGAAGAAGAAGGAAUGGGAGCGAAGGACACAGGAAGUGCAGCAAGAUGAAGACUUGUUCUCUGCUGGAUUUAAUCUGUUUGGUGAGCCGUAUAAGACUAACAAAGGAGAUGCCCUGGCCAACCGGGUCCAAAACACACUUGGAAAUUACGAUGAAAUGAAGGAGCUCCUGACUAGCCAUUCCAACCAGAGUCAACUUGUCGGCAUUCCUAAGAACUCCGUUCCUCAGACUCCAGUGGAGAAACCCGACCAGCCAUGCUUUUUCCCUGAGGCUCAGCGGAGCCGAGCCGCUCCCUCCCAACUUGGAAGUCACAGCAUCUCCAUGCCCCCACCCCCUGCCAACACCUUGCCGGGCUCUAGUGUUGUACAUGGACCUCAAGGCAAAAAGUCACGCUCAUCAGAAUGGUCCCGAGGGGGUCACGGUUCAAGUGGUGCCCAGACCGCUCAACCGGUCAGCCGGGGGAAGCACUCCAGUCAUGAGCAGACCUCUAGUAGACAUGAUCAGGACCAUGAGGACUCAAGUCCAAAUCCUAGUGGACCUACAACUUCAUCUCACUCCAACAGGAAGCAGGCACAGUCUGGCCAAGGACCAGCCACAGCCGAGCUUGGCCUUGGAAAGUCUCCUGCUGAGCAGGAUCUGUGCUCCCAUGGAUCGAACUCGCCAAUGGCCUCUACGUCCCUGCUCCCUAGCGGCCUCUCGACGCCGACAUUCCCCCAAGGCCUCCACUGCAAGCUCAGCAGUGCUGUGCAGCAGAAACCCACUGCCUAUGUCAGGCCCAUGGACGGCCAAGACCAGUUCCCCAAUGAUUCCCCAGAACUCAAACCCCCUGUGGAGCUGGUGGAAGGGUACAACAGUGUGCCAUUUGGAGGUCUGCUGGAUACCAAAAGCAGUAUGGCUGGGAGCAAGGGCAAAAUUCCUAAGCUGACACUGCCACAAUCUGGAGAGGUCAGCCUGUCCAACGACUCCAGCUGUGUGGAGGAAAUUCUGCGGGAGAUGACCCACUCCUGGCCUCCACCUCUCACUGCCAUCCUCACACCAGGCAAAGCUGAACAAACCAAGUUUCCCAUCCCUUCAAAGGAUUCCCAGCAUGUGACCUCAGGAUACAACGGAAAACGCUGCAAUGUUUCCAGUAACAAGCCUGCAACCAAGUCAGUACCACAGAAGUCAAUGCUUGAGGAUGACCUGAAAAUCAGCAGUGAUGAAGAGGACACUGAACAGGCCGCUGAGAAGCCCAAGCCCAGGAGCGCUCCUCUCAACCUCCCUGGAACCACACCGCGGACCAGUGAACCGACCGGUCACUCCAGUGGCGCCUCGGGCAGUUCCAGUGAAUCGGAGAGCAGCUCUGAAUCCGACUCGGACAGCGAGAGCAGUUCCAGUGACAGUGAGUGCAACCGAGCGUCCCGUGCUGCCACACCAGAGCCUGAACCUCCAUCAACAAACAAGUGGCAACUAGAUAAGUGGCUAAACAAAGUUAAUCCUCACAAUAAAGCACUAAUUAACACCCAGUCAGACAGUCAUGGGCUUAACAGCUCUCAACCCGAUGAAAGUCAAUCAUCAGAGAACCAGAGCUCCAGCAAGAGCAAGCCCAGCACAACACUGGCACCAGCAGACCCCAAGGAGAGAACUUUGCUCAGUCCUAUACGAGAGAAAGCCAAACCCAAGACUGGUCAGAAGGCUCCAGACAGCAAAAGCACCAAGGUGAAAUCACCAGCCUCAGUGGAGCUAGCUCCCCCGAGGAGAAGCACUGGAAAGAAGCAGCCCAAAAAAGUGGAGCGAUCUUCCAGUAGUGAGGAGCACAACUGGCCAAGAACAGGAAACACAAGUUCUACGCCGAAAGAGAAAGAACCCCCACCUUUAGAGCUGCCAAAACCUAGAGGCAAGGGCCCUGGGGUCAAGACGGCUCCAAGAAAAGAACCUCGAACCACCACAACAAACACUGCACCAACGAAUAUCACACCAGUUCUGGAUAAAAAGAAGCACAGAGGACCCAACAAGAUCAUCCCUAAGUCUAAGGAGUUCAUCGAGACAGAGUCUUCUUCAUCCGAGUGUCAUUCAGAGCCUGAAGAGCUCACUAAGGUUCAGCUUCCCUGUCCUGGUCUCAACACCCUAAGCCUAAAAUCCAAGGAUUGCAACAGCAAUAUCCUGAAUUUUAGUAGCCUUACCAGCACAAGCAGCACCUCUAUUCCUGAUCCAGGUGCCUCGGAUCUCCUUGAAGAGCCCCUCUUUUCUCCCAUACCCAUUGUACAAAAUGAACUUUUGUCCCCACUUAGAGAUUUUGAGGACAUCAAGUCCCUUUGGGUUAAGAUUGAACUCAGCUUCCUGUCACGGAUCCCAGGGCAAGAUGCCCCGGAGCCACCCACAACCAAGGCUGAGGGUCGGGAGGUCAGUGUCAAGCACAGACGACAACAGUCUCCUGCCUCCAUCCCUGCAGAAAAGAACUCUAGUAAAUCCAAGAGAAAACACAAGGCAAGUCACUGUGACGUGAUGAGUGGAGGCAAGAGGCUUCGUAUGGACAAAGACGCACUGCUGCUUCCUCCGUGUAUCUCGCCCAUACAUAACCACAAGGUCUCCAGCACAAAAGAUUCAUGGAAGAAGCAGCCUCGCAAGCGGGUGGAUAAGCUGUUACCGCCUCUACUGUCGCCGCUGUCCGAUGAGCCAGUGGGCCGCCCACGGAGGAGCAGUGAAUGCAGCUCCAUCAGUCAGGAGGGAAACGCCUCCACCGUCCCAAACACCCUCCCCUCCACCCGCACAAUACCUACCUCCACCUCUUCAUCAUCGUUCUCAUCACACAAACACCGCAAAGGAGCGAACAAAUCCUUCUGCCAUUCCAAGACCAGCACUGAGGAAGACAGACACAGCAAGCCGUCCAGUGGUUUUCACGGCCAUGGUCAGUCAGAGCCAGACCUCUGGUCAAACCCUUCAACCCUGUCCGUGGAGCACAUGGAGCCCAGGAGACCUAAACUCACAUUUAAUAACACUGUUUACAAUGCAGAUUACUACAUGCAGGAAGCCAAGAAGUUGAAACAUAAGGCAGAUGCUUUGAUGGACAAGUUCGGCAAAGCUGUGAAUUAUGCCGACGGAGCACUCUCGUUCAUCGAAUGCGGCAACGCCAUGGAACGAGACCCAUUGGAGGCCAAGUCACCAUACACAAUGUAUUCAGAAACCGUAGAGCUCAUCAGGUACGCAAUGAGAUUAAAGAACUUCACAAAUCAUUCUGCCACAAUAGCUGAGAAGAAGCUCGCUGUACUGUGCAAUCGUUGCUUGUCACUUUUGUACUUGCGAAUGUUCAAGCUGAAGAAAGAUCAUGCAAUGAAGUAUUCCCGCUCACUAAUGGAGUAUUUUAAGAAUUCUGCAAAAAGUUCCCAAGAACCUUCGCCGUGGGGAGCUAAUGGAAAGAGCACAGGAACCCCGUCUCCCAUGUCCCUGAGUUCAUCUCCUGUCAGUUCGGUCAGCAGCGGCGCUGGAGUGAUGGGCUCUUCCUCUGCCUCUGGAAGUGUGGCCAUUCCCCAACGCAUCCACCACAUGGCAGCCAGUCAUGUCAACAUCACCAACAACAUCCUGCGCAGCUAUGAACACUGGGAAACUGCUGACAAGCUGGCCCAGGAAAGUCAAGAGUUCUUUCUGGAGCUGGACUCAGUAAUGGAACCAUUGACGCAGCACAGCAGCAUGACAGAACUGGUGCGCUACAUACGCCAAGGACUGCACUGGCUUCGGCUGGAAGCCCAUUUGUUAUAGUGCUGGCUCUUCCACUGUGCUCUUCCUUUCUCUGUCUUUCUCUCUCUCACUCUCUUCCCCACCGUUCAUCACUACCUCCACCAUCUUUGCCAUCUACAGCCCUCCAGAACCCUGAGGGAAGUCGGCAGUUAACCACUAGCGAGUCUCAGAACUGUGAGUUAUUCCCUGGAGGGUGCCAUGUCCUCGUUCCAGCUUGAUUCCUGUAAGAGUGCGUCAAGAAAAACUGGGGAUGCCGUAAAAGGACGGAGCGCUGCUGCAUCCCAUCACAGCACUACGGGAGGCCAUAUUUAUGCAUCUGUUACAAGAACAGGAUCUGUGACGGUAGCAGUGGGCAAGUUAACAAUGUUGUUGAACAAAAAUCCAGCUAGUAACCACUGUGAUGUAGGCCAGGCGAAUCUAAUUCAUUUUGUAAGGUAGGAUGGGCCAGAAACACACUUCACGCAAGUACGCAAGACAGGCAUGAAUGCAUAAUAAAUUCAAAUUCAAAUGAUAUCUUUAACUAAACUAGAUAAUCAUCAAACUGUUGCUUCACUACAACAAUAGUUAAACCAUAAGAAAAGCUUCCAGUCAUUGUGCUGGACUGGACAUGUUUGGUUUACUCUAAUAGCUGCUAUAUCGCCCCCGGUGGCAUCGCUGAGAAUACACACACUGGCUGUUGAAUUAUGAAUUGCAGUCUGACAGCUUUCAGAACACGACACAUGAAAUCCAACUCAUGUAGCUUAUGUUCACAUACUUGCGUUGAGUAUUUUUCAGGCCUUACCACUGCGAGACUGAGAUACACUGAGAUAAUGUUCCUGUAGCUCAAGUGGUAGAGCAUUGCGUUAACAAGUGCAAGGUUGUGGGUUCGAUUCCCAGGGAACACAUGAUAGGUAAAAACAGUUUCCCUGAAUGCACUGUAAGUCGCUUUGGAUAAAAGCGUCUGCUAAAUGCAUAAAAAUACACAGGAAUUAGAGUGCAGAUAAAUGAGCUGUUAACAAUGCAUUCAUCUCAAAUACAUAUCUGGAGAUUCACACGUAUCCAUUUGAAAUUGUGCUUAUCUGUCAAGGCUUUUGUGAUGACAGUAAGGGAUGGGUACGGUAGUCAUGAAUUCUCUCCAACGUCACCAUCUUUCUGUUUUACUGUGGCACCAUGACAGCUGGCGUCAGUGCAAGCAGUGUGAUAGACUCCUUGGCUUCGCUCCAAAGCUGCAUUCUCUGAGACAGGCUUCACGUCUUGUGUUCACAGCGUCAGAGGCUGAUGGGAGAUUUCCCUUAUACAUAUGCACAUAUGACAGAUUGAAAUCUUCUGAAGGAGUUAUCAGAGAAUCUUAAAGAUUUCUUUCCAAUUUGUACCAUAAUGACUGUGUUGUACAUGACAGCUACUUUAACUGUUCGGUGUUUGUUCGAUCUUGCAUGUUAAUGCAGAGAGGUAGAGGUAGGACUGAGAGACAUCAGCAUAUUUUACAAGCACUAUGAAGAAUCAUUGGGUUUUGUCCAGUUUUUUUCAGUUGAUUCCAGCAUCUUUAAGGCUGGCUUGAUAACAUUUAACAUUAAGUUGUUAUCUAGAGUUUAUUAAUGCUUGUACUUCAACAUUACAUUUUUCAAUCUACAGAGACACUUCCAAACAAGCUAGGUCGGAAUUUGGGGCCUAAACAAUUGCAUCAUGUGAUCAAAUCACAAACCUUUUUUAAUCAAAUGUUAACUUUCCAUGCAUAAACUCUCCAGAGGAAUUUAAUGUCAAAUAUGAUAUGAAAUUGUUGAUAACCUAUCAGUGUUUCUUCUUGCUGUUCUGUUCAUAAAUGUGUGUGUGUGUGUGUGUGUGUGUGUGUGUGUGUGUGUGUGUGUGUGUGUGUGUGUGUGUGUGUGUGUGUGUGUGUGUGUGUGUGUGUGUGUGUGUGGAGCAGAUUUUCAUUGGCAGGGUGUUCAUUGUAUUGUAAAGCUUCAUAUAUCUGUCAGUUUAUCACUUGAAUGUCAGAAUGUGAGCGAGAGAUGGGAUGUAUGUGUGAAAUAGACAUUUCACUAAGAUUAUUCAAAGUGCCUGCGUAUCCAAUGGAAAUUUAUUAGAGUCUAUAUUUAAGGAUAACAAUGGAUCUGAAUGAUUUUCCAUACCAUAUUGGUAUAUCCAAUUUUUCUGUUUUCAUAACAUGAUUAUUUAUUUAUUAUCUUUGUAAAAAUGGCGGUUGUGAAACCUGUUUUGCGCUUUAAUGUUCAAGUACAUUUCAAAUUUUCAUUUUCUGCUCUGAUGAUGAUAGAAAAUGACUUAAAAGUGAAUGACGUCUAAGUGCAUUUGAAUUCUUUUAUGUAUUGUACAGCUAAAUACACAUCAUAUACAUUUCUCAUUACCUCCUUCAUGGAUGUUUCCUGGGCAACUUUCACAUAAUAUAGUGAGAAAUGCUUACUGUCCAAUAAUGGUUUGUAGUGCAAUACUCAAUGUAGCACACAAAUAGCAAUACGUCAGGAUGAAGUAUACAAAACAUCUUACAACAAAAUUAAUUAGAGCGCAAAAGUCAGAGCAAGUUUUUGUUGGAAGACUUUAUUCACUUCAUGGACUUCCUUUAAUGCGAGGCAGAAGUAUCAUUAUGCAAAUAGUGAAAUGUUCCUUCCCAAUAUUACCAGCUGUUUUUUUUUACUUCUAUGGAGUGGCUUUCUAAAAUGUGUAUGGUUUCUGGUGCAUCUGUUCCUGUGUUUGUUUGAGUUAUGCCAGUCUGGCAAAGAAAUCUGUGGCCCUCUGGCAGUUCAUCAAAAACCAGCAGCACUGACUCACUCUAGAAGUGAAGUAAACAACCUGCUCUGCCUAUUAGAUGCACCUCUAAUGCCCCCAGUUUGUCUUGCAAAGAAAACAACAGUUGUAUUCUUUCUGGGACUUUUUACUCACUUUAUAUUCUCUUCCUGAUUUUGGAAUUAAGCAAGUGGAGAAAUAAAUUUGGUCCAAUACUGCGUUAAAACCUGUUAAUUUUUUUUUUUGAUUUAUUACAUUGUUACAAAUUAGUUACUACACUGUAAUAAGGCAAAAUCCCAAAGAUUUAAUUAUUAAUUAUUAAUAGCAGGUGGAAACAUUACCAAUAUGACAGUUUACACAGAAUUCACUUCUCAUUUGAAUGUUAAAUUACAUUAAUAUAAAUAUCUUUUUUAGUUUUUUGCAUAAAAAGCUGGAUGUUUAAUUGAAAAUCAGUAUUAAAUAUUUAACCUUAAAUAAGGGGCAUUGAAAAAAUACUGACCAAACCGGGACAAAUAAAUAUUUAUUGUAAUCAUGUAUUGUACAAUAUAUACUAAAAGUAAAAAUGUUGUGGAUUUACACAAUUUUAUGAUGAAUAAUGGUCUGAAUAUAUAUACAUAGUUUUGUUGCAAUCAGAAAUCACAUUCGUAGAGCCUAAAUCAUCAAGGAUGUCCAUAAAAGUGCCACAAAAAUCAUGUUUUAUCUCAAUACUGGGACACAUAACAUGCUUUUGCGAGGGAUUAUAUCUAUAUGCUGUUGCUUAUACUGACUUUGGUAACGUUAAAUUAAAAUUAAUUUAGGACCUCACUGUGUCAUACUAAUUUUAAAACAAACAUUUGAAACUGUCUGAGAAACAUAUUGAUUAUAUCAGUUAAUAAGGGCCACAAACUCAGCUAUGUGUUGCAGAAACAUACUUUGAUUUCAUCAUGUAGCGUUUACAUUUGCUGCCGAACCAUUCAUACCUCUGCUUUAACAAAGCUUGAAGGUGUUUACUUUUUAAAUAAUCACAAUCUAUUAGCAAUUACCCAGAGUCAUUCUGGGGUAGCAUAAGGUCGCUUUGAUUCUUUGUGCUUCUGAAUGAGCUCUACAAUGAAGAAAAAGCCUAUCAGGAAGAACAAUCUCCAAUUAAAGCAGGCUCAGCUGGAGGCUUUCUAUUUGCUCUGCAAAUUAAACAUGUAAAUAGCUCUUUUGUUACCGUAAAACACCACAUCAUGUUGUCAAUUAAAGAUCUUCCAUUUCCCACGCUGAUUAACAGGCGGCAUGUACCAUGGUACAUUUAAAGAACUGACAUUGGCGCUUAUAAACAAAAUGCAUAAAAAAUCUUGAUUUGUAUUAAAUUUGAGCACUUCUCUGAUUAAAAUGUAUGAGUAUUUUGCUAUUACAUAAGUUUAAUGAUUCCAUUUAUUGCCUACAAACCAUAAAAAUGUCAUUGUAUUUAAAUGAACGUGUUAUCAAGUCAGUUUCUAACUUCAUCAGAGAUUUCUUUUUAAAAUACCGUGUUGCAAAUGCCUUGUUACUAAUGUAAACUGUAGAGAAUCAAAGAACAGUUAUUUACAGUCUUGUUCUGUCCAUUUGAACUUUCUCUGUACAGUAUUAGGUUGUGCACCAUGAUUUGUCUAUUUGAGAUUGUAAUCACAACAAGGUGUUGCAUUUGACCCUAAAACACAUCCACAGCUUUGAAUUUAUGAAGAUAUGCAACAUCUCUCAUUGCUUCCAUGUCAUUUGAGUCUGCCUUUCUGCUAUGUUCUACAUUUUCAGUUAAAUCACCAACUGGAGAAUCUUAUUGUUGGAUUUUUGAAUCAGAGUGUACAAAUGGGUAACACUACAAUGGAUUUAAUACAGAAGAAAGGUAUUUACACAACAAGGCAAUACUUACUUAGAGUGGAUUGUUAGAAGCCAUUGAAAUAACCAAAUGAAAGGCAAUGUAUUUGAGUAUAUUGGUGGCAUAGUAUGUUUGUAAAGAUGUAUUUACCAGAGCUUGUUGGGGUCACUACUGGCAAAAUCUAAAACUGAAAUUGGUGCAAUGUCCCAAAGAGCAGUUAAUCUCGAUUUAGCCUUAUGGGAAAUGAUAGCAUUUCCUUUCUUUGUGGUUUCAGAAAUGCAGCCAUCAUACUGUUAUUUAAGGAAAUUUUCAAGGUUUCAUUUUGAUAAAAUAUGCAAACUGAUUUAUGUGAAGAAAAAAAAAAAACUUAACGUCAAAGAAAAACAAGUUUCUUACAAGUUUUAAUGCAGCAUGACUUUCUACAAGUUACUGUCAAAAUCAAAGUUGCGUUUAAUUAAUACUCGAUUUCAAAGACGUCAGUAUUGUUAUAUGUUGUAGACAUAUUUAAACCUGUGAGAAAGCAGUUCUGUGAAACUUGCGCUUUAUAGAAAUGCCUCAAUGCUACCUAUUGCCUAAAAGGAUGUUGGUUUGACGUCAUGACAAGCGGGAUUUCUACUUCAAGUAAAAAAAGCCUUUAUCUUACAAAGGUACUGGUGGUUGGCAAAGUUGUACACAUUACUUGCGAUGACAGAAGAUUUCAAUGUUCUGGCAUGCUGUAGAAUUUAGGUUUUGUUUUGUUCCUUUUCUGUUUGUUUGUUUUUGUUUUGUUUUUUUUGUACAGAGCAGGUAACCUGCAAUGCUUUGAAUUUAUACAUUGUAUAGUUGUACGAAUUCAUUUUAAUAUGCGUUAUGUAUCAAAAACCUUCCUGCCUGGUUAGCUUUGUAUUUUUGAUGUGUUGCACAAGUCCAGCGUUUUGUUUUUGUUUUUUUGGCUAUUGUAUGUUUAUUUUAUAAUAAAACUGUCAAACGUUAUGAACAAACCUAAGAUGUAGUUAUGUUGUUUUUAAAUGUUUCAUGUCUGUAAAAAAUGAUGAAUAAAAAUGGUAUGAGCCAAAUCUAAAAAGAUAAUAAAAAAUAAAUAAAGUUUGGG